UAUUUGGCGCAAGCACCUAUUGUAGAUCUGCCAGUAGAUCUACAGAACGAUCUCCCAACCCCGAGCCUAGUCUUGACGGCCGGUAAGGGAGAUGUGUAUAACUCCUCGAUUUGGCUCGGCAACGCGCCAACCUAUACGCCACUCCACCGGGAUCCCAAUCCCAAUCUGUUCGUGCAGCUCGUGGGCCAGAAGGUGGUCAGAUUGUUCAGACCAGAUAUUGGGCGUGCCAUUUUGGCCAAAGUCCACGAGCAGAUUGGGAGUAGUGGGUCCGCGACCAUCAGAGGCGAGGAGAUGAUGCAAGGCGCUGAGAAAAAGGCCCUGAUGGGCGAGGUUUGGUCAAACGAUGCGGAUUACCUGGGUCACUGCUGGCAGGCCGAACUAGACUCUGGAGAUGCCCUGUACAUACCCAAAGGCUGGUGGCACAGUGUGAAAGGAACAGGGUCCGGGAUUAUAGGCUCGGUCAAUUGGUGGUUCAGAUAG